AUGCACAUCAUCAAGCCUUCAUGGCUAAGCCAUAGCGGCGAGCAAAAGGAUUUCGAAGUUUACAGUUGUCAUGUUUCACCAGACGGCAAACGUCUUGCGACCGCAGGCGGCGACGGACACGUGCGAGUUUGGUCCACCGAAUCUGUCUACAAUGCCAACACGCCAGAUUACAACAAGCCGCGCCAGCUCUGCCAUAUGAGCCAUCAUCUUGGCACCAUUCACUCCGUUCGAUUUUCUCCCAACGGUCGUUAUCUUGCCAGCGGAGCCGACGACAAGAUCAUCUGCGUAUACCACCUCGACAAAAGCCCUCCAGCUGCCACCUUUGGCACCAACGAGCCUCCGCCCGUCGAGAAUUGGAAGACAUACAAGCGAUUAAUUGGUCACGACAACGAUGUUCAAGAUCUUGCUUGGUCAUACGAUUCCUCGAUACUUGUUUCUGUUGGACUUGACUCAAAGGUUGUUGUAUGGUCAGGGCACACCUUUGAGAAGCUUAAGACGCUUCCAGCACACCAAAGUCACGUCAAAGGAAUCACUUUCGACCCUGCAAACAAGUUCUUUGCGACAGCAAGCGAUGACCGAACGAUCAAAAUCUUCCGAUUCACCUCUCCCGCGCCGAAUGCGACCCAGCAUGACAUGGUUAAUAACUUUGUCCUCGAGACUACGAUCAGUUCUCCGUUUAAGAGCUCUCCACUGACUACAUACUUUCGACGAUGCUCGUGGUCGCCUGAUGGAAACCACAUCGCUGCCGCCAAUGCCGUUAACGGGCCUGUCAGUUCUGUCGCUAUCAUCGAACGAACGAGAUGGGACAGUGAGAUCAACUUGAUCGGUCAUGAAGCCCCGACAGAAGUGUGCAUGUUUUCGCCUAGACUCUUCCAUACCAGCAAGCCUGAUCCAAGCGUCGAUGACAAGUCGCCGUCGCUCGUCACUGUUAUUGCUUCGGCGGGCCAGGACAAGACAUUGAGUAUCUGGAACACGAAUACGUCCAGACCUGUGGUCAUUCUACAGGAUUUGGCAGGCAAGUCGGUAUCUGAUCUGGCCUGGACCCCAGAUGGUCAAACACUGUUCGCAUCCAGUUUGGACGGCAGCAUCGUGGUUGUUAAGUUCGGCGAGGGCGAGCUUGGCUGGGUGGCACAGCCCGAGGAAAACGAUAAAGCGCUGCAGAAAUAUGGUGCAUCAAGGAAGGGUAUGGGUAUCGCCGAGGAUGUUGAUGGUCUCAUGCUAGAAAACCAGAGUAAAGCAGGAGAGUCACGAGCCGUCGAGUCAAGAAUGGGUGCUCUUAUGGGCGAUCUUCCUGAUUCUACCAAGGAGUCGACGCCCGCCACCAACGGUACAAAGUCUGCUGCGCCUACAUCGAAACCAGCUACAAAUGGCUCAGCCGAGACGGAAAAGGAGAAAGAACCGGAGAAGGAGCCAGAAAAACAGCCAGAAGAGGCGGCCGACAAGACAGCUUCGCGUGUCAAGGAGCUCAAGUCUCGAGUCACGAUUGGCAAGGAUGGCAAAAAGCGAGUAGCGCCUCUAUUGGUAUCUUCAUCAGGGACAGGCACGUCUUCGUUGCCGCAGACUCAAUUGGUCGGAACAACGAGUACCAACAAGGCAGCUCAAAAUGAUGCGCCGCAAACAAGUCUUGAUCUGACCAAGCCAUUUGACGGAUUGCCUAAGGGUGGCAUUGCUGCUAUGCUACUUGGUAACAAGAGAAAGCUAAACCCGGGCGAAGCUGAAGAAGAUGAGGAGCCAUCCACCAAACGCGCAACUAUAGGGCCUACCCCUAUCGUUACCAAUGGGCCUGAUGGUGUCGAGCCCGCGGCUCUUGUGCCUGUUCAGAACGGUGUCGUGCCUACCCCAGAGUUUCUCAGGCCGGCAGUAAUGAACCCAUCUAUCUCAUUCGCUCAGGUCAGACUGGCGGUGCCAAAGAUUAGAUCACAUAUACUUCGACCUUUGGACAGGGGAGUUCUCCACGGCGACAGCUCAUUAGAGGAAGCAACCAAAACCCCAGAGAAUAUCAUUCUCGAAGCCAAGAACGAUUCAAACCCCCGAGACCCCUCACAUGUACUCGUCAGCAAGAGAGGUGGUCUUAUCUGGGAGGAGUGGCUCCCUCGGGCUAUCAUUCUAGUUACAGCUACCAAACAUUUCUGGGCCGUUGCCUGCGAAGACGGUUCCAUUCAUACUUGGACCCCUGCUGGCAGAAGGCUUUUGACUCCGAUCAUAUUAGAGUCACAGCCUGUCAUCCUGGAAGCCCGCGAUCAUUGGUUGAUGUGUAUCACAGCCACUGGCCUCGCUCACGUCUGGGACUUGAAAACCCAGUCCUCCCCCAAUCCUCCGGUGUCACUAGGACCAAUCUUGGAUAUCGCCACAACCUCGUUGAACCAGCAUAGUGCCACACCUGGCCCAGGCAUUACUUCCGCUCACCUCAACUCCACCGGUCAUGUUAUUGUGACCCUGACAAACGGUGACGGCUACUACUACGCCCGAGAGAUGUUCACGUGGCAACGUCUUAGCGAAGCUUGGUGGGCCGUGGGUUCACAGUACUGGAACUCCAACGAUUCGUCCAUUUCUGCCCUGCAGUCUACAGCUGUUGGCCCAGCUUCAAAGGAGGGCAAGGACAAGGAACCUGGAAAGGCAACUGUUUCGUCUGGCAUCAUACCUUUCCUCGAACGUCAUACAACCAACGAGUAUCUUCUUAAGGGCAGAGCCUAUGGGUUGCAGCGUAUCAUUAAGAUGGUUGUGCAGCGCAAAGAAGCCGAGAACCUGGAAAGUAGUGUGAGUAUAGCUCAUCUGGAAACCAGAAUCGCCGGUGCUUUGCAACUCGGAGCACGAGAAGAGUUCCGCCUCUACCUGUUCACGUAUGCCAAGCGACUAGGGGCUGAGGGAGCAAGGGUCAAGGUUGAAGAGCUCCUUAACAGUCUCCUUGGAGGUAUCCUUGAGGAGGAUGAGGAUGAAGAAGAGGAAGAUGAUGGUAAUGGCUGGUUCAGCAAAGAAGGCGAUCUGUGUGGAUGGGAUCGCAAGGAGCUGCUGAGGGAUGUAGUAAUGAUUCUUGGUAAAUACCGUGAGCUUCAGCGAUUGACUCUACAAUACGCCAAGAUCCUCGAUAUAAGCCUAGAGGAUGGACCAGUAGAUGUCGAGCAUAUGGAUGUGGAGGCUUGA